ACACUUCUAGCCUUGGCCCUCCUCGCAUGCCUCCUCCGCUACACCCUCGUGCCCCUCCUCGUCUACUGCCGCCCCAAUCUCGACGCCUACUUCUUCGACCUUGGCGUCUACGGCGUAUACCCGCAACGCCACUACCGCUCCUUCCACCUCUCCUCGCCGAGCCCCCGCACGCCCGUAUGGAGCGCAGAUGUGUGUGAGCGGGAGUCGGCCGAGGGCGGGCUGGUGUUGCUCGAUAUCAGCGGCGAAGUCUCCCACACUGGUCCGGCGAUUUUCGACUUGAAGGGCAAUUUGGUAUGGACGGACAACACCUUUGGCCAGCGUGCCAUGAACCUGCGCUGGCAGAAGUGGAGGGGAGAGGAGUAUCUGACGUUCUGGGCGGGGGAGUUUCUCGGUGAUUUCGACUACGGGAAAUACUACAUGCUCGAUCGCGGGUUCAAUUUGGCCAAGACGGUGCAGGCGGUCGGGGAAGGAUUGCAUGGCGAUCCGCAUGAAUUCAUCAUCACCAAUGACGACACGGCGCUCAUUGUGGUGAGUCCGCGCACGCGCGAUGUUGAUGUGAGAAGCACGCAUCAUGCCAGCAUGCGGCCGGAUCUCUUGGACGCCGUGUUGCAAGAGAUUGACAUCGACACCGGCGAGCUGCUUUUCGAAUGGCGAGCAUCGCAGCAUUUCAACGAUGGCGAAUACCUCAAGUACUCUUACGAUCCCACGCCACUUCAUCGACCCAAUAUUUUCGAGAGGGUAUUUGGGGCGGCGCAGACUGACCCCAUCGACUACUUCCAUAUGAACAGCGUGGACAAAGACUCCGAGGGCAACUACCUCGUGUCCAUCCGCAAGACUCACCAAGUCAUCUGCAUCUCCGGCAAGACCGGCGAGAUCUUGUGGGGAUUGGGAGGCCGCGCGACCGACUUUACGGACGUAGAUGCCGAGGAUGCGAUAGCCUUCCGCUGGCAGCACGAUGCACGCUGGAUCGACGAAGACCAAGGGCUGCUGAGCGUGUUCGACAACGGCAUGUCCAAGGGCCUGGCGGACAACAGCGACUACAGUCAAGGCCUUGUUUUCGAAGUGCACAUCGCCAAUCGCACUUUCCAACAAGUGCACUCGUACAACCCCAUGCGUCCCAUUCGCUCCAUCUCGCAAGGCUCCCUGACCUACCUUCCCGGCAGCCAUCGAGCCCCGGAGCUUCCGAACGCGGGGGUGGUACUUGCACCGCAGGACCAAGUGUUUGUCGGCUGGGGCUCGGCACUUGCAUACACGCUGCACGACGCCGAGACGGAAGAGCUCUUGUGCGAAACGCAUUUCAGCCCGGCCGCCUUCUUCUCCUGGGAGCGAGUCAAGUCAUAUCGGAGCGUGCGCGCGCCACGAGACCUGCACUUCCGGCCGGAGAAGUGGGAUCCGUCGGCCGUGUGGGAUGGCGGGCGCAUUUACGUGAGUUGGAACGGCGGGGUGGAGGUGCGGUCGUGGUUGCUCCAA